AACAAAAGUGAUGCAAAUCGCGACAAGUUCAACGUCACCAUCAAUUUUCUACACUCCUUCAAUAUCACCGAUGGAGGAGGACAUGAACUGCCAGGAGCUGGUGGUAAAUCUCUAUACAUGUCAAGUUUGUGCGCUUCCGGCUCACGGCAAUCACUUUGGUGCGAUCAGUUGUCGUGCGUGUGCGGCGUUUUUUAGAAGAGCCUGCACGGGCACAAAAACCACCUACAAAUGCAAAAAGCAGAAUAACUGUGAUAUUUGGGAAAACGGGCGGUACAAAUGUAAAAAGUGUCGGCUGGACAGGUGCAAUGAGGUUGGCAUGGAUCCGGGAAGAUUCCAAUUCGAUCGGGACCUCAUAUCGGCAACCGAAAAGUAUCCGAAUAGCAAAAAUUUUCGAAGAACAUUUGGAAUGAGCAGAUUACCAGAGACAAUCGAACACUUUCUUGGACGUCCUCACUUUAUCAUUUUCUUGGAACGACACAUUUAUUCUCAUUCCGAAAAAAAUUUCGUCGAUUUGCAACAUCUCAUCGCCAAAGCUUCGAAAUUGCUUGAACUAGGGUCUGAAAAGCCUCUUAUUGCCAGGAACAAUCUGGAAAAGCUGGCUCUUGGGCUCAACUUGGUGCGAGAUCAGCCGGCGGGCUCACACGACGUUCAAUUGGUUACAAAACUUGGAAAGGAUGAAGCCUUGACGUUUUGGGAGACCGAUUUUUUGACAGUGGCAAAAUGGUUGACAUAUUUUGAUGAUUUUCAGUUAUUGCCACAUAAUCAGCAGAUUCUCCUCCUAAAAUCCGUUUGGCACGUUUGGAACCGGCUGGAAAAACUUGCUCUUACAGCCACCAGUCGUCGGCAAAACGUUUGCGAGCAAAAGCAAUUAAUGCUGACCUACAACUCUGUGUGCAACCCAAAAACCAUCGAGCUGGACUACUCUUGGUUCACCAAAUACCCCAAGGAACAAUUGUGCUUUUUUUUCGACGAAAUGGAAGACUACAUGUUAACAUCAGCUCUGGACCCAUUAACGAGCCUAGAGCCCACAGAUAUUGAGCUCACCUACAUGCUUUGUCAGCUCUGCUUCCACUACGCAGGAAAAAGAUACGGAGGAGAAAUCCUAGAAGUUACAGAGAAAUUCCAAGAGAACCUCGCUGAUAAUUUACACGAUUAUUAUGUCAAUGAGCUGAAUAUGCCGAGAUAUUGCGGACGGCUCAAUCAAAUGCUGAAAAUUAAUAAUUUAAUCCAGCAAGACAUUUGGGAGAAACGUGCAAAACACGAGCUCGCCAAAGUUUUUGACAUUUUUUGCAUUGAAUUUUCGCACCCAGAAAUGUUUGAAGAUACUGGAUAAUCAGCUAAUAACUGCAGAUUUUACUUGUAAAUUGUGCCAUAAAGUAUUACAUAAAGAUAUUUUUAAUUU